ACCUGCAUAAAAAAAAUAACUGCUUGAAAUUUUCUUCUACGGUCUCUGGGUGUUAAUUGAGCUUUUGCGAAAGUUACUCAGUAAAAAGAACAUCAUCCUUGUAUAUACAUUUCCUACUGCUAAGCAAGCUGCUUAAUGCGUCACGCUGGCUUAGUGCGGCUUAAGUUCAUAUACCUUUCAAAUUCCUUUUCCACCUCAUUAAAAUUUCCUCACGAUAUUCUUCUUUACGUGGACUUGUUAUAGAGGGAGAUUUGUCGUAAUUUUAAUUUAAUUUUCUUGUUUAGCAUCAAACCGAACGAUAAUUGAUAAACGGAACUUACCUUUCCUUAGUAAAACCACGCGUAUUGGUUUGUGAAACCACAGCUUCGUAGUCUCUUCUAUCCCGGCUCGAACCAAAAAGUUCAGUAACUCAUAUUUGUAUCAUUAAGCGGAACAGCUUGCUUGCAUACGUGUUCCUUCCUUCCUACAACUUGGCGUAAUUCAAGCGGAGCGUGAAGAAGCAAUUAAGUGGACCGGUAUAACUGUGCCGUCUGUGGCCGUUUAUUUCUUUCCAGUCGAUAUGUUUUUGGGCAUCUAUUCACUUACCAUCAGCAGUAAGUUCACUUUACUGUGCCCUCGAUAAGAUAAUCCACUUAAUACAAUUCUUGUCUGUGAAACCAAUCGUAGUUAAAUGUAUUUAUUUGUAUUAAUGGAACAUCAUGUAUAUUUAAUGCCUUUGUAAUAUAAAGAUAUCCUUUUUUCUUUAAUAUCCCUGAUUGUGAUAUCAGCUGAUAAAUAUUUCAUGUCCCAUUUAUUUAUUUAGUCAGUGUAUGUUUGAUUAGUGAUCUUUUCGUUGGUUCUUCAUUGUUUUGGUUUUGAGUGUUUUUUGACAUACACCUAAUCUGGGUUGCGGUUUGAGAAAAUGACGACGCCACUUUUCCGGGUAGCGUUAAGUUUCUUCCUCUGUCUGUAUACAUGCAGCGCUUACAAGGUCUUGGUUGUAUUUCCCCUACCCGGCAAGAGCCAUGGCAUCCUAGGAUCCAGUUUAGUGAAACAUCUCCUUAAUUUCGGGCACGAGGUAACAUAUAUUACUCCCUUCGUUUCUGAACGGCCACACCCCAAUCUUCAGCAAGUCGACGUGAGCCUCAAUUUGAAUUUUAUCCCGAGCUUUCAGCAGUAUUUAAUGCAUGUUUUCUCCGUCAACGUACCACCUUUCUCAUUUCGCCAACGUCUUCAGGAAUUGUGGACGCAGAUCGAAGUCACAAGUUAUAUGUACUGGAAAAGCGACAAUGCAGAAAAUAAAGAAUAUGAAAGACUCAUUGCUCCGAUCGUAAGAAAGCGAGGGCGUGAACCUCCGUCCUAUUACGACGUGAAGUACAACGCCUCUCUAGUUCUGGGUAACUCCCACGUUUCCUUGGGCCAGGCGACGACUGUACCAGAAGCUUACAAGGCUGUAGGAGGAUACCAUGUUGAUGAAGAAGUACUACCACUGCCCCCGAAUAUACAACAUAUAAUGGACAAAGCCAAACAUGGAGUAAUAUUCUUCAGCAUGGGAUCUCAAUUGAACAGCAAGGAUAUACCCGAAGAUAUCAAGAGAAAACUUCUUGAAUUGUUCGGUGCCUUUAAGCAAACAGUUAUAUGGAAAUUCGAAGAGAAACCCGAUCAAUUACCUAACAACGUUCAUGUCUUGAAAUGGGCACCGCAACAGAGCAUUUUAGCACAUCCUAAUUGCGUCCUUUUCAUAACCCACGGCGGUCAGUUGUCGACCACAGAAGCCAUCCAUUUUGGAGUACCAAUCAUCGGCAUACCAGUCUUCGGUGAUCAAUUUGUAAACAUUGCAAGAGCUGUCAACAAAGGUUUUGCUUUGCAAGUAAAACUAUCUUAUUCUUUGGCAGAAGAUCUGAAGUUGGCUAUUCAGGAGAUUUUGAAUAAUCAAAUAUAUACGGAGAAAAUAAAGAGAUUAUCAGUCGUAUACCAUCACCGUCCAGUGAAGCCUGGUACCGAAAUUGUUCAUUGGGCCGAACACGUCAUCAUAACUCAAGGAGCUCCACAUCUUAGAUCUUAUGGAUCCCUGGUACCGUGGUAUCAGAAACUAUAUUUAGAUCUGAUCGUGAUAAUAAUUGCUCUAGUAUUGGUAUUGAAGCGCAUUCUCAAGUUCUUUUUCUCAAAGAAGAUAAGUAACAGCAAGAAGAAUAAUUAAAUUUCAGUAGAGUUAAUGUUUUUUUUAUUAAAUGUUUUAAAAAUGAAUACUUAUUGAACUUUUAU